CCUUUUCCCAAGGCUUCUUAAAUGUCAAUUGGGAAAAAUCUGUUGUGGAUAGAGUAGUUACUUUGCAAAAAAUCCUAUCAAAUGUACAUUAAUUGUAAACUAUUAUUCGAAAAAACGUAUUUAAAUAUAUCAAUUUAAUGUCUGUGUUCUACGCAGCAGAGUGGAAGAUGUAUUAACGUAGCGGAAAAAAGGUCAUCAUCAUUGAAUUCUUCACUUGUUUUCGCGAGGUUGUUGGGUCAUCAACGAUACACCCGCUGGAAAGAAAUAACGCAGUUACCAGUUUUGCCUCUAAACAGUGCACAUUUUAGCUAAUUUAAGUUUAACAACUUCACGAUGGUGCCGCCAAAGGAUAAUGUGGACCUAGAGUGCUUUCUGGUAACAAAGCACUCGUGGAAGGGGAAAUACAAACGUAUUUUGGCUAUUGGCACCACGGGCAUCUCCACAUAUAAUCCGGAUAAAUCUGAUCUGACAAAUCGUUGGACUUAUUCAGACAUUGUUUCGGCGGCACCAAGCAAAACCUCAAAUAUACCUAAUGAAUUUGUGAUAACUAUAAAAAAAGAGAAACGCGUCGAUUCCAUACGACUUUCAUCUGAAUAUCGCAAUGACAUACUUUGUUCGAUAUUAAAAUACUACAAAGAAUUUGCUGAUAAGCCGAAAAAUUCACAACGUUUCCCUGCUUAUAAGUAUCAUUGGUCCGGCAUCAGUUUACCCACAAUGCUUGAAGUCACGCCGUGCUCAUUAGAUCAGUUAGAUCCAACAACCAAUGAAGUGCUCACAAGCUACAUGUACAAAGACAUAGAAGGCAUAAUAGGCAUUUCGGACUAUGACGGUGGCAUUGUUAUGGCCCAUGGUGGCUUCAGUCGUCUACAUCUCUUUCGAGCAUUGAACCAUCAUGAGAUUGUGCAGAAUAUUGUUCAACGAUCAGUUCAGUUUCUUGGUAUUGAAACUAAGAUACUCAAAAGCCAAAUAACACUUGAGCAAUUCGAACGCCAAAGGUUUGGUGAAUAUAGCGGGGAUCAGUACCAAACGUCUAUGACCGAGUUCACUGUCCAAAAGAUUACACCACGUCAUCCGGAUCCAGUGAAGCGCAUACUUUGCCUCACGGAAGCAACACUACUGGAACGCGAUCCGCAGACAUAUAGCGUGUGCACACUACGUUUAUUGUCGAAUGUAUUUGCGCUUGUGCGCGAUAAAGACAAUUUACAACGUUUUUAUAUUGAAUAUAAAAAUGGAAUAUUGCGACAGUAUUUAACAAAUGAUCGCGAUUCGUUAUUGGCUACGCUAUUGGAUGCUGUACGAUCGAGCGGUAACAAGGAUGUGCAUGUACGCAUAAGCAAGACACCGCGCGGUAAGCGUUAUGUACCAUUUAAUUGUUCCGUUGAUGAGGAAACCGAAGCAAAUUUGCUGCGUUUGAUUAUCAACAAUGUGCAAAAUCCAACGAAACGAUUCGAAGUACUGGAACGCUUCAAUGCCAAUAUUCCGCACAGUGGCCUCAAUUACAGUGUAACGCAAGAUAGUCUCUUUGCCGAGAAUAAAGAGAAACUCAUCUUGAGUGCAUUACAAGCACUGGCACAAAAAGAACUAGACAAUCCAACAGCACAAUUGAACAAUCUCGAAAUAGAAGCAAUUUUUCACGCGCUCACACGUUUACUUGCUAGUAAAGUGGGCUAUGGUGCAUUUACAAAUUUACCGGGUUUUCGCGAAAUUAUUGGUACUAAAAUUGUUGCUGCUCUACGCCGUAAAGAUUUGGCUGUUACAUACUCCGCCAUCGACAUGAUUAACUCACUGAUGCAUUCAGUGAAUGCAGACCAUGAUUUGAAGCAAGAACAAUUAAAUAAAUCAUCGAUACUUUCGUCAAAAUCCUUUUUGGAAACAUUGCUCAACAUGUGGACAAUGCAUGUGAGUCAUGGUAGCGGUGCGCUGGUACUUUCCGCCAUGUUGGAUUUCCUCACAUUUGGUCUAUGUGUGCCUUAUAGCGAAACAACAGAUGGCAAACAGUUUGAUAUUUUACUCGAAUUGGUUGCCGAACGUGGUCGCUAUUUGUACAAGCUAUUUCAACAUCCCUCACUGGCUAUCGUUAAGGGUGCUGGACUUGUUCUACGCGCCAUCAUCGAGGAGGGUGAACUGCAUGUGGCACAGCAGAUGCAAGCGCUCGCUUUGGAUGAAGCGGCUCUGUGUCGUCAUCUACUUGUUGCAUUAUAUACGCCAUCGAAUGAUCCAACAUUGGCGACUCACCGCCAGUUAUCGCGGCACUUAAUUGGACUUUGGAUUACGGACAGCGAGGAAGCGUUAGAAUUAUUUAAACGCAUAUUUCCCGCUGGCUUACUGAUGUUCCUGGAGAGCGAGGAGAGCGUACCAAAGACUGAUGUGGAGGAUGACAAGUUGAAUUUUCGGGACAAUUUAAAACUUGCAAUACAGCAUUCCAAUAGAAAUAGAAAGAACGUAAUAGAGAAGCACUUACAGGAUAUUAAGCAUUGGGGUAUGAAUCUCUUGGAACAACAGGACCCCGCUGCUCAGGCUAUUAAAAAUCGUCCAGUAGUACUACGUAAUAGGCGGCAGCGCAAGAAAAAAGACGAUACUGUUUUAAAUUUACCUUAUUUCUUUUACAACUUUGCCAAAGACCACAGCUUGCCGAAUUUGAUAUGGAAUCACAAGACACGUGAGGAGUUACGUAUUUGCUUGGAGAAUGAAUUACGUCAAUUUAUGAACGACCGUGACUUAGCAGGCAAUAUGAUUGUGGCGUGGAAUUACCAGGAAUUCGAAGUCACUUAUCAGUGCUUGGCUGAUGAAAUACAAAUUGGUGACUAUUACAUACGUCUAAUCUUGGAGAAAGACGACUGGCCACAAAAUCUUGUGAAAGAUCCUAUCGAACUUUUUAAUGCACUUUAUCGCCGUGUUCUCUGCCGUCAGCGUGUCAAUGAUGACCAACUUACAGUAGUGUCAUUGCAAGCACUUGCAAAGGUCUAUCGUCGUUAUCACAAAGAAAUCGGCCGUUUUAGUGAUAUGUCAUAUAUAUUGCAAUUAACCGAUCGUUGCCUCUCACCAUCACUGCGCGAUGCACUUAUUAAUCUUAUAUCCUGCCUAGUGUUGGAGAAAUCGAAUUGCCGUCCACUUGUUGAUCACGUGCAGUGCCUUGUCGACUUGAUCACUCUGGCACACUUGCAUAAGGGGCGCGCACAGCCUAAUACAAAAACUAAUGUCAUAGAGGCUGGGCCGAAUAUGGAGGCAUAUGAGGAGAAAGAUUGGUAUUAUAAUAUUGAAAAGGAAGGACAGAAGCCGGAACGUCAAGGUCCCAUUACAUAUUCAGAAUUGAAAGAACUCUGGCAAAAGGGUGUUAUUACACCGAAAACUCGUUGUUGGGCUAUCGGUAUGGAUGGUUGGCGUUCGCUACAACAAAUUCCUCAACUAAAAUGGUGCCUUAUCGCCAAGGGUACACCCAUUUACAACGAGACCGAACUGUCAUCAAAGUUGUUGGACAUACUUAUAAAAUGCACGAGCUUCUUUCCAAGUCGCACACAAAACGGCACUGCCGUACUUAUUCCCGGACCUAAGUUGUCACGCAAAUUAUCCGAAUUUGUGUGUUUGCCACAUAUUGUGCAGGUGUGUCUUACACAUGAUCCCGGCUUGCUCGAACGCGUUGCCACGCUACUGUGCCAGAUUAUGGAAGACAAUCCGGAAAUGCCGAAAGUGUAUUUGACGGGUGUAUUUUAUUUUAUGCUCAUGUACACCGGUAGCAAUAUACUGCCGAUAACAAAGUUCCUAAAAAUGACACACAUGAAACAGGGCUUUCGCAGUGAUGAGACAUCGCAAUCCGGCAUAAUGCAUCGCAGUAUAUUAGGGCAAUUGCUGCCAGAGGCAAUGGUAUGCUUUUUGGAAAAUUACAGCGCUGAGAAAUUCGCGGAAAUAUUUUUAGGUGAAUUUGAUACGCCUGAGGUGAUUUGGAGUUCAGAAAUGCGACGUUUGCUCAUUGAAAAAAUAUCUGCUCACAUUGCUGAUUUUACGCCUCGUUUAAAGGGCCACACGAUGGCGCGCUAUCCUUACCUUGCCAUACCGGCGAUUAGCUACCCACAGCUGGAAAAUGAACUCUUCUGCCAUAUCUAUUACUUGCGUCACCUUUGCGAUACGCAAAAAUUCCCCAAUUGGCCCAUUGCUGAUCCGGUGCAGCUGUUGAAACACACCUUAGAAGCUUGGCGCAAGGAGGUUGAAAAGAAACCACCGCAAAUGACUGUACAGCAGGCAUAUCAAGAUCUCGGCAUCGAUUUGACAAAAACACCAAAGCCAGAUGAAUCGAUGAUACGCAAAAGUUACUAUCGUUUAGCGCAAAUGUAUCAUCCAGAUAAGAAUCCAAAUGGUCGUGAGGUAUUCGAGAGAGUCAAUCAGGCUUAUGAGUUUUUGUGCUCGCGUUCGGUGUGGUCUUCGGGUGGGCCGGAUCCCAAAAAUAUAGUCCUGGUAUUACGCACACAAAGUAUACUUUUUGAGCGUUAUGCUAAUGUCUUGCGCCCCUAUAAGUAUGCUGGUUACCCACAGUUGAUUAAGACCAUACGUCUGGAGACGCGCGAUGAUGAUCUUUUCUCAAAAGAAGUGCAAUUGUUGUCGGCCGCAUCAGAGCUUUGCUAUCACACUGUACAUUGCUCAGCAUUAAAUGCGGAAGAGUUGCGACGCGAAGAGGGCAUUGAAGCACUUUUGGAGGCCUACACUCGAUGCGUAUCAAUUUUGGGCGUCGAUUCUAAACCCGACUCGCUACACUAUCAAGUAAUUUCGAAUGUGACGCGUUGCUUCGAAGUGGCCUGUAACUUUGAGAAAUGCAAACAAAAGAUUAUUACCUUGCCACAAUUGCUUUCCGAUGUCUGCCGCGUAGUCUACUUUAAGCACACACUCUCGGUUAGCCUAGUGACCAGCAUGGCGGCGAACAACUACGAACUUCAAUGCAAUUUAGUGCGUAACGGCGUGCUCUGGUCGCUUCUCCUCUUCUGGUUCGAUUAUGAUUAUACGUUGGACGAAAGUGGCGUGCAGGCCAGUGAUAAAACCAAUCAGCAACAGGUGGCUAACACCUUAGCCAAAAUGGCUGUUCUGGCUUGUAUUGCUCUCGCCGGUUACGGUUUGGAUUUACAUAAGACGACGAAUGGCGCUGAUAAUAGUGGCGGUGAUGGUAAUGGCUCACCUACCACAACUGCAAAAGCGUCAAAAAUAAAUCCCGCUAUCGCUUCGCCAUCCUCCUCCGCGUAUACGAAAAAUGCGCACAACCCACUGCAAAACACCAGCAAACAAUUGGCAAUAACGAGUAGCGGCUCGGUCGACGCUGAGCCAAAGACUGCCGUUGCUAAGCAGGACUCUAAUGCCAGUAACAAAUCCGAUGCACUUUCUAAUGCAUCGUCCACUGAGAAGGAAGGAAACGGCGAGACGAAUGGCAAUACAAUCGCUAAGACAAACGACUCGAACCUACCGAAGUAUACAAUAGUCUCUGAGCCGAGAAAUACAAUCGUGAAGCAGGUGCUGGAUCGCUUGCUCACGCCGUACAUAGCAAAUAAAUUGCCCAAAGAGCGCGCCGGCGAUAUUUUGAAAGUACUUACAUCAAAUACGCGCAACCCCUACUUGAUAUGGGACAACGGCACACGAGCGCAAUUGGUUGAUUUCUUAGAGACCCAGCGUACAACAGCUGUAAAGGAAACAUUUGAAGAUAUAGCUGAGGUUUAUAAUUUAGUAUCAGAAUUCCAGUACGACGCUUGCAAAGACGAGCUACAAAUUGGCGGUGUCUACAUACGCAUCUAUAACGAAAUGCCAACAUUCCCUAUAACUAAACCGAAACAAUUCAUUAUUGAUCUGCUGGAGUAUCUCAAGCAAGCAUAUCAUUUCUUAACCACCACGACCAGCAAAGAAGAAAACACCAAUUUUCCUCCUGCACCCAUUGCGCCCACAAAAAUUGUGCAAGAUGGCAUUCUAACACCCACACUUGCACCAAACCAUCCACAACUACAACAGCAACCCGCUAGAAUAGGCAAAACAUUCGAUGAGGUGUUGAACGCUUACAAUCGCUCAAAGAUACGCAAUAAAAUAGAAGCCAGUGCAUUACUCGAACAACAACAAAUCCAACAGCAAUACAUAUACGAUUUCGCCAACGAUGCGGCAUUGCAGCAGCAUGUGAUAAUGGUGCUGCAGGCCCUCAUGGCUGUGAUAAAGUGUAACGCCGAAGUAGAGAUUCAAUGCAUUGGUAAUUUCAAUAUGAUUUUCGGUUUCCUAGCACAUAAUUUGUUCGAAAAUAAUACCGCCGUAAAAACGAUUGCACUUGAAGUGGUCGCCUUGGUUUCUCGCAAUAAGGAUUGUGUUUCAGAGAUAGCGGCAUGCGAAUUGCUCGGCCAAUUUUUGGUAGCGCUAAAAGACCCUGAUUUACGCAACAGUCAAGUUAAAGUGCUCGAAACCAUGUCUGGCCUCAUGAAUGUGCAAGAAAUGAUUAAGGAGGCGCAGAACAAAGGUGCCAUCAUUUAUUUGCUGGAUAUGUUUUGUAAUUCGCGCAAUCCGCAGAUACGUGAAAUGUGCGCCGAAAUAAUGGCAAAGAUGACAGCGGAUCGGUUAAGUGGGCCCAAGGUGCGCAUUACAAUUUCAAAGUUUCUCCCUCCACUUUUUGUCGACGCUAUGGUUGAAUCGCCACAGACUUCAGUGCAAUUAUUUGAAUCAAUACACGAGCAUCCUGAACUGAUAUGGAAUGAUAAGACGAGAGGGAAUGUAUGUGAAGCGGUAGCAGAUAUGUGCGAGAGCUUCUUUAGAGCGCAAAAGAUCAACGAUAAACAUCUGUGGAAAGAUCCCGAAAUGCUCAAGGACAUCAUCUCCAAUGAGAUUGUUGUUGCCGGUGUAUAUUUGCGUUUGUUUGUGAGUAAUCCUGCCUGGACAUUACGCAAGCCGAAACAAUUCUUGGCAGAUUUGCUAGAUUUUGUUGUAGAACAAAUUAGCAAGAGAUCCUCCGAGAAAGACGCAUUGGAGUUAUCUACAAACGCUUUAGUGGAGUUAUUACGCUCGCAGCCAAAUCUGGCCGAUGAUAUACCUAUUUUGGGGCACAUACCGAAGCUAUUCAAUUUACUGUCCGUACAGCCUAAAAGCACGCUAUCAGUAUUACAUCAGCUCUCACUAUCAGAGUUUUGUGUAAGCGCUGUGUCGCAAACUGAAUGCAUACUUCCGCUCAAAAAAUGCAUGGAACAACAUCGGGAUUGCAUUGAAAAGUCCUGUGAAACGCUAAGCAGACUAUUCAAAUACCAACACGAUUCGCUGAUUAGUCAAUCGUUAGAGGUUAAUUUGGUGCCAUUUUUAUUGGGCCUCUUGGAUAGCCGUCUAGAGUAUGUGGACAAUGCUUCGGCGGUGAAGGCGCAAAUUGUUGCCGCCCUCAAGGGUAUGACCCACAAUCUCAAUUACGGCGAACGAGUUACGCAAAUAUUGCUGAAGCACCCCAUAUGGGCGGAGUACAAAGAUCAACGGCACGAUCUCUUCAUAACAGACACCAAUAUUAGAGGGUAUCUAACAGGCAUAAAUCCCACCGCUGGGUAUUUAACGCAAGGGCCAGCGCAAAAUAUUGACGUACUCACCUCGCCGCCGCCUAUUGAUCGUGAUGAUCCGUCAGCGCGGCCGGCCAUAGAUUAGUCAAUAUUCCAGGCAUGCACCAACAGCAUGCAGCAAUAUCUACGUGCUGUAGCUUUCGUUGUGAUGUGGCAACAGCAUCGGGCAAUCAACUGUAGCGUCAAGGCUUUAAUUGAGAUAACGUUGUGAAGCAAAGCAAGUACGCUAGAUGUGCUACUCCCAAUCGAUUUGUGUAUAACAUAGCGUAGGCACUCAAAACAAAUGACUCCGGACUAAACAGAAAAGGAAACAUUAUUGAAAUGCACUUAAUCGUAGAAUGAUUUAUUACUUGAAGAUUUUUUUAAAUAUUAUUAUGUUUUGUAUAAAUUUAUGUGCUAUAUAAGGCGCAUAUGCACGAAGAAACUAAAUGAUGAAAAGAGUAUUUUUCGAAAUUAAGAAUAUUUAAUAUUUCCUUAAAUUGUGUAUAUUUACUAUUUACUAAAUGAAUUGAUUAAUUUUAAUAAUGCACUCACAGCGGCGUCGUCUGUGUGUUUCUCGAAGACACCAAUGCAAAUUAUGUUUACAACCAUGGUGUAUAUUUGAAAAUUGCAGCGCAGUAGCUAUGACGCAAAGUAAACCAAGCAGAACAUACAAAUUCAAUAUUCUUACGAUUUUCAAGCACACUCAGACACACAUACAUACGUGGAAUUUUUAUAUUUGUAGAUUAUAAAGUUUACAAAAUGCAUAUAUACAUAUGUAGGUGCAUACAGCAAUAGUACAUAAUUACACAUACACAUACUGCAUAUAAAUAUAUACAUACUCAUA